GGGACAAUGAGACGGGAGGAGGAGGGAGAUGGCGACGAACUGGCGUGUCCUCGACAACGUGCCCUUCCUCCUCUACCUGCUUGCCGCCAAGUCGCUGCUCCUCUGCCUGGCCUUCAUCGGGGCCAAGCGCUGGCAGGCGCGGCGGCUGCGGCUGGCGGCGGAGGCGGCGGCUGCGGUGGAAGACAAGCGGCGCUAGAGGUCGCGGCGGAGGAGGAGGAGGCCGAGUUGGCGAUGCUGCUAAUCCACAUGUCCACGGGCUUCCCCCUGGUGGUGGGAGGAGCUUCGGGGUUGGUACGGGCCCUGAGGGAGAGGGGACUGCUAACGGGCCGUGCUGUCGGCUCACUGCCUCGCAGCAACGGCCGUCUGGGUCUCCCCCUCCAGCUCCUGCCCGAGGAGGCGUUGCUGCUGACUCAGCGGGGAUUAGCUCUGAUGGUGGGGGCUGCUGGGGAGGGGGAGGGGGGGCAAAAGGGGCAGGGGGACCUUGCGAGGGCCAGGAGCAAGGCGGAGGGAGAGUGGCGUAGUGACCUUACUGGGAGUGAGGGAGGGAGAGGUAUGGAUCCUCCAGAGGCCAGGAGGGAAGAAUUGGGGAAGGGAGAGAGGCUUAGGGACCUUGCGGAGAGAAAGAGGGAGGGGGAGGAGGAAGGGGGAGAAAGGCGUAGGAACCCUAUGGAGACAAGUAGUGAGGGAGAGGAGGAGAGGCGUGGAGAUCCUACGCAAGCAAGGAGGGAAGGAGAGAAGGGCCAUGGGGGCCUUACGGUCGGUGGGAGCGAGGGAGAGUGGUGUAGGAGCAUUGUGGAGAGAAUGGGUGAGGGAGAGCGGGAGGGGAGGAGUGGAGACCCUACGGAUGCCGGGACGGAGGGAGGGGGGGCGCUGGACAGGAGUUACGGCCUCCAGCGCUACUUUGCACUCGAGCGACGGAGGAGGGAGCUGAGUGUUCACCAGCUGAGGAUACAGAAUGGCCGGCAGAUCAAGAGGAGGAGAGAGGCACAAGAUG